AUGGUCAACCCCACGGUGUUCUUUGACAUAGCGUCCGAUGGCGAGCCCUUGGGCCGCGUCUCCUUCGAGCUGUUUGCAGACAAAGUUCCAAAGACAGCAGAAAACUUUCGUGCUCUGAGCACUGGAGAGAAAGGAUUUGGAUAUAAGGGUUCUUCCUUUCACAGGAUUAUUCCAGGAUUCAUGUGCCAGGGUGGUGACUUCACACGCCAUAAUGGCACUGGCGGCAGAUCCAUCUACGGAGAAAAAUUUGAGGAUGAGAACUUCAUCCUGAAGCAUACAGGUCCUGGCAUCUUGUCCAUGGCAAAUGCUGGACCAAACACAAACGGUUCCCAGUUUUUUAUCUGCACCACCAAGACUGAGUGGCUGGAUGGCAAACAUGUGGUCUUUGGGAAGGUGAAAGAAGGCAUGAACAUUGUGGAAGCCAUGGAGCGUUUUGGGUCCAGGAAUGGCAAGACCAGCAAGAAGAUCACCAUUUCCGACUGA